AAAUCACAUUUUUAGGUGCUAUCAGUUUACCAGCGUUAACAAACCAUUCAAAACAUGUGAAGACACCAGAUUUCACUGAACCACAGCAAACAGAGAGCCAAGAUGACUGAGGCGGACCUCCUUAAGCUUCUGGGAGAUUUAACAGAUGAAGAUUUUGAGAAGUUUGUGUGGUACCUGAAGUAUGAAAAGGUGGACGACAUCCCACCUAUCAAAAAGAGCAAGCUGGAGAAAGCAAAGAGGCAGGAUGCUGUAGAUCUGAUGGUGCAGAAAUAUGAAUUUUCUGGAGCUGUGGAGGUAAUGAAGAUCAUUUUAAAGAAGAUCAACAGGAAUGAUCUGGUGAAGGAGUUGUCAAACAUCAGCUCAGGAGCAGAAGUAGAUGGUGAUCUGCAGGAGGGUUUAGGUAUUUGUAAGAUCAAUCUGACGAGGAGGUGUCAAAAUGUGACUGAAACAAGUGAUGAACCAGGAGGUGAAACCCACUUUAACGAUAUCUACACUGAGGUCUACAUCACAGAGGGAAAGAGUAACGAGGUUAAUACUCAACAUGAGGUGUGGCAGCUUGAGACAGCUUCCAAGAUGAAGACCCUCCAUGACACUCCAAUCAAAUGCCACAGCAUCUUUAAAGCCUUACCCAACCAAAAGAAAUACAUCAUCAGAGUCGUUCUGACUAACGGCGUCGCUGGCGUUGGAAAAACCUUCUCAGUGCAGAAGUUCACUCUGGACUGGGCAGUGGGCUCCGAAAACCAACAUAUCAGUCUGGUGGUUCUGCUUCCGUUCAGAGAGCUGAACUCGAUCAAAGAUGAGCAGUACAAUCUGAUCAUGCUGAUCCAGGAAUGCCAUCCAACAUUACAGCUCACAGCAAAGAAGCUCGCUGUCUGUAAAGUUCUGUUCAUCUUUGACGGCCUGGAUGAAAGCAGACUUUCACUGGAUUUCAACACCAGGGAAGUCGUGACUGAUGUCACACAGAAGACAUCAGUCAGCGUGUUGUUGACAAACCUCAUCAAGGGGAAUCUGCUUCCCUUGGCUCUCAUCUGGAUAACUUCCCGACCUGCAGCAGCCAAUCAGAUCCCUCCUUCAUGUGUGGACAGGGUAACAGAAGUACGAGGCUUCACUGACUCCCAGAAGGAGGAAUACUUCAGGAGGAGAUUCAGUGAUGAAGAGCAGUCGAGCAGAAUCAUCUCACACAUCAAGACAUCCAGGAGUCUCCACAUCAUGUGUCACAUCCCAGUCUUCUGCUGGAUCACUGCUACAGGUCUGGAGGAAGUAUUGACUACAGACCAGAGAGGAGAGCUGCCCAAGUCCCUGACUGACAUGUACUCACUCUUCCUGCUGAUUCAGACAAUGAGGAAGAAGAACAAGCAUGAUGGGGGACAUGAGACGAGUCCAGAGGAGCUGACGGAGGCUGACAAGAAACUUCUUCUGAAGCUGGGGAGGCUGGCGUUUGAACAACUGGAGAAAGGAAACAUCAUGUUCUACCAAGAAGACCUGAAGCAGUGUGGUCUUGAUGUCACAGAGGCUGCAGUGUUAUCAGGAGUUUGCACAGAGAUCUUCAAAAGAGAGAAACUCAAGAAGAAAACAGUCUACUGCUUUCUUCAUCUGAGCAUUCAGGAAUUUCUGGCUGCAGUCUACAUGUACCACUGUUACACCAGCAGGAACACAGAGGUACUGAAGGACUUCCUGGGAGAAGACUACAGGUACUCCUCUCUGGAUGACUUCCUGAAGGGAGCCAUGGAGAAAUCUCUCCAAAGUAAAAAUGGCCACCUGGACCUGUUUGUCCGCUUCCUUCAUGGCCUCUCUCUGGAGUCCAACCAGAGUGUCUUAGAAGACCUGCUGGAUCAGACAGAGAACAGUCCAGAAACCAUCCAGAGAGUCACCAACAACCUGAAGGAGAUGAACAGUGAGUUUAUCUCUCCUGACAGAAGCAUCAACAUCUUCCACUGUCUGAUGGAGAUGAACGACCUCUCAGUAAAUCAGGAGAUCCAAGAGUUCCUGAAGUCAGAGAACAGAUCAGAGAAGGAACUCUCUGUGAUCCACUGCUCAGCUCUGGCCUACAUGCUGCAGAUGUCAGAGGAGGUUCUGGAUGAGUUGGACCUGGAGAAGUACAACACAUCGCGGGAGGGACGACGGAGACUGAUCCCAGCUGUGAGGAACUGCAGAAAGGCUCGACUUUCUCGCUGUUAUCUCUCAAAGACUCACUAUGAAGUUGUGGCCUCAGCUCUGAAGGCCAACCCCUCCCAUCUGACAGAUCUGGACCUGAGCUACAACAUCCUGAAUGAUUCCGCAGUGAAGCUUCUGUGUGCUGGACUGGAGAGUCCAAACUGUAAACUGGAGACUCUGAGAUUGUGUGGCUGCAGUUUGAAAAAGAUCAGCUGUGCUCCUCUGGCCUCAGCUCUGAAGUCCAACCCCUCCCAUCUGAGAGAGCUGGAUCUGAGUAACAACAACCUGAAAGAUUCAGACGUGAAGCUGCUGUCUGAUCUUAAGGAGAAUCCAGACUGCAUACUGGAGACUCUGAUAUUGGAGGACUGCAGUUCAUCAGAGACCAGCUGUGCUCCUCUGGUCUCAGCUCUGAAGUCCAACCCCUCCCAUCUAAGAGAUCUGGAUCUGAGAUACAACACGCUGCAGGAUUCAGACGUGGAGCUACUGUGUCAUUUUCUGAAGAGUCCAGACUGUAUACUGGAGAGUCUGAGAUUGUAUCGGUGCGGUUUGUCAGAGACCAGCUGUGCUUCUCUGGUCUCAGCUCUGAAGUCCAACUCCUCCCAUCUGAGAGAGCUGGAUCUGGGUCACAACAAGCUGCAGGAUUCAGACGUGCAGCUGCUGUCUGAUCUUCUGAAGAGCCCAGACUGUAGACUGGAGAGACUGAGAUUGAGGAGAUGCAGUCUGUCAGAGACCAGCUGUGCUUCUCUGGUCUCAGCUCUGAAGUCCAACUCCUCCCAUCUGAGAGAGCUGGAUCUGAGCUACAACAAGCUGCAGGACUCAGAUUUGGAUCUGCUGUCUGAUCUUUUGAAAAGUCCAGACUGUAGACUGAAAACUCUGCUAUUGUAUGACUGCAGUUUGUCAGAGACCAGCUUUGCUUCUCUGGUCUCAGCUCUGAAGGACAACCCCUCCCAUCUGAGAUGGCUGACUCUGAGCUACAACAAGCUGCAGGAUUCAGACGUAGAGCUUCUGUGUGAUUUUCUGAAGAGUCUAGACUGUAGACUGGAGACUCUGAGAUUGGUUGGCUGCAGUUUGUCAAAGACCAGCUGUGCUUCUCUGGCUGCAGCUCUGAAGUCCAACCCCUCCCAUCUGAGAGAGCUGGAGCUGAGUGGAAACAACCUGAAGGAUUCAGACGUGAAGCUUCUGUCUGAUCUUAAGAAGAGUCCACGCUUCAGACUGGAGUUUCUGAGCUGGUGAUGAUCUCUGUCAGAGUGUGAGUGAACAUCCAGGAGUGUUGAGAAUGGAUCAGCUGGAUCCUGAUGAUCCAUCUGGAGUCUGGUUUUGGAUUUUGUCGUCUUCACUUAAGUCUCUAAACUGACUACAAACUGAACAGUUAUCUCUGGAUUUUGCUAAAGUCAGCACUUUAUAGAUUUAUUAUACAUGAGCUGUUUGAUGUAGAUAAAGAUGAGCCUGGGCCCAUAUUUAUCAAGCGUCUCAAAAUCAUACUGAAUCACAGUCUCAGCUGGAAAUAUUAAACAGCUGUAAUUUGGUAUAUUAUGUGUAUAAUCAGGUAACCAGGCAGGUAAUUUACCAAGGUUAUGGAACAAAACUAUGAAGCCGAAAUUCAUUAUAAGAUAUUUGCAAAGUGUAAAGAAAACAGUCACACACCUUCUGAUUAGGGUUGCGAAAUUACGGGAAUUUUCAAAGUUGGAAACGGGAAUAUAUGGGAAUUAACGAAAAAUAAAGUGGAAAUUUAUAAAAUUGCAUGUUAAAUGUAGUCAGAAAAAAAUCUUGUAGCAUAAUCUUGGUUAAAACAAGCAGAUUUAAUGCAAAUACAGCUGAAUAUCUCCCUUAUUCCUCAAUCACAUACACACGAUUUCUAGAACCCUGGACUAUUGAAACCACAUGAACUCAAGUUUUGGGGGAAUAUGAUCAUUUUACUCAACAUUCAUGUUUUGUUGUUCAAUGAAAUAAUUGAACAACACAAAUCACAAAUAAAUCAAAUGUCAUUUUAAAUUAAAACAUUUCAGAAUCACAUCUUUAGAUUAGGGUGAAAUAUUUCUUCAUUAUGAGAAUUAGUUUAGAUUUAAUAAAUACCACCUUACUUUUUGUGAAGUAAUUUAACUCUUGCUGCUUCAAACGGUUUUAUAGCUUCAAUAAACUGACUGUUUUUGACAGAAAACGCCAGGAUCAGCCAAUAGAAAUGAUCAAACUGUACAUGUGACUCACUAAGUCAACUGGGAUGUUUUACUUCAGGAAAGUGUAAAAACCACAGAGAAAAUGAAAAUAUACUUCAUUACAAGUAAAAGCCCUGCAUUUAAAACCCUUACUGAAGUAGAAGUUCAGAGGUAUUAGCAGCAAAAUGUAAGUAUCAGAAGUUAAAGUUCUCCUAUUUAGAGGUAUGUUUACAUGCUGUUUAAUGAGACUUUACCCUGAUGAAUGUUGGUUUAGUGGCUCGUUCAACAAGCUAAGGUGCAGGACAGGAUGUGUUCAUGUUUGUGAGUUAAAUAAGGAGGAGACUUUAGCAGGAAAGUUAAUGUUGGUUGUUAUUCAGAGUCUGUGGCUCUUGUGUUGAGUAUCAGGCUGCAAUCAGGCUCAGUGUGACCGUCUGCUCUGCUGAUCACAUCAUAUAAACCAGUAAAUGUUCACUUUUUCUAGCAGAUACAUGCUAUAAUAUCUUUAGGCACUGAGUGGAACUUUUUGUUUUAACAUAUGAAAACUUCUUGUUAUAACAACUGAUCAUGUUGUAACAAGAAAGUUUUUUUUAAUGAUGAUUUCACUGUGAAAUAUCAAAGGUUUGGUGAAAUAAUAUAAAGAUUACAAGAGUUUAUUGUAAAAACACAUUUUUAUAUCUUGUAAUAUUGAUAAAACUUCAGGAUAACAUGAAAAAGAUCCAUGUAUCAGGCCUGUUUAAAGCUUGUUGAUAUGCUUUAAUUUAAUCUACAUCUUUAGUUACUUGUAAUGGAGAAUAUUUAUAUAUUUAUAUCACAGUAUUGUUUCUCUUACUUCAGUAAAGUGUCUCAGCACUGAUCAACACACUGUAAUGUUUUAUUUGUCUCAAACUGGAGAUGCUUCCCUCUCUACCUCCUAACUGUCGUCUUUUUAUCUACGUAUAAACACCAAAACACGUCUGAUUCUACUUUAAAAAUACUUUAACAAUUGUAACUUCUUGUGAGUUGGAAACCACUGGUCUAAUCUGUAACAGCAUUUUUAUA